CGGUACCCAAGGGCGGACUCCGGCCCGAACCACCAGACUGAUCACGUGGACACAGGCGGGCCCCGGUAGGUGCGGUGACGCAGCCGGCCUGAGCGGCCAGGUGAGGCGGCCGCGGUGCAACAGGUGCCCCGGGUGCGUCCCGCCCUCCGGCCGCGCAGCCGCCGGCGGAGCCCACCUGGCCCCGGCUCCGCCCGUGCGCCCGCCCGCUCGCCGGCCAGCAGCGCAGGAAGUAGCGAGGGCGGGACCGACCGGCCGCAAGACGCUGGACCCAGCAGCUCUGCAAGCCGUACCCGCCCCGCCGCUCCUCGGCCGCGCGCUCAGAUUCACCUGUCAUCAUUGAGGACCCCAGGUUUCCAGGCCCCCAGCAGGGCAUCCUGACGCGGUUGAGGACCUCCAAUCACGGAGGUCCCCUCUGCUACCCAGCAUGUCCCAGAGACAUUCUGACAGCUCUCUGGACGAUAAACUGUUGGAAUAUCGUUUCCAUGCAGAGCUGCAACUCGAUGCCAAUGGGAACCCUAUGCCGAGGCUCCCCAUGGUUCGUAACUCCUUGAGAGACAAGACCAAUGCUGCCUUUGAGCCAGAGGCCUCCGGACCCCUGCAGGUGCCCCCAGAAGAUGAGGAGCCACGACCCAUCAUCCUUAGCACUCAGAGCCCUGCGGCACUCAAGAUGGGCACCCAGCAGCUCAUCCCUAAGAGUUUGGCCGUGGCCAGCAAGGCCAAAACCAAGUCCCCAGCCCGCCACCAGAGCUUUGGGGCAGCUGUGCUCAGCAAGGAGGCCGCUCGGCGGGAUCCUCGGCUCCGCUCAGCCCCCAGCUUCUCCUUGGAUGACAUGGAUAUGGACAUGGGCCCUGGUGUGAAUCUGAAGCGAAACAUAAGGAACCAGUCCUACAGAGCCGCCAUGAAGGGCCUCGAGUCACCCAGCAGCAAAGGGGACUCAGUCCAGCUCAGCCCCAAGCUCCAGGCCCUCGCUGAGGAGGCUGUUCAGCCUCCCGCUCGGUCCCCAGCCAAAAAUAAGAAAACUCUGGGACGGAAACGCGCACACAAGGGCUCCUUCAAAGACGACCCCCAGCUGUACCAGGAGAUCCGAGAGCGGGGUCUCAAUACCAGUCAUGAGUCUGAUGAUGACAUACUCGACGAGCCCUCUGGCCCGGAGGGAGCUCAGAAAGCGGACACCACCAUUGUGGUCAAGAGUUAUCGGCCUGCCCAGCUCACCUGGAGCCAGCUCCCAGAGGUAUUGGAGUCAGGUGUCCUGGACACACUGUCGAUGGAAGAACGUAAGAGGCAGGAGGCCAUCUUCGAGAUCCUCACAUCUGAGUUCUCCUAUCUGCACAGCCUGAGCAUCCUGGUGGCCGAGUUCCUGCAGUCCAGGGAGCUGAGGGCCACUAUGACACAGACAGAACACCACCACCUCUUCUCCAACAUCGUGGACGUGCUGGCCGCCAGUCAGAAGUUCUUCGAAGCUCUGGAACAGCGGCACAAGGCCCAGGUGUGUGUGGAGGACAUCAGUGACAUCCUGGAGGACCAUGCCGAGAACCACUUCCACCCUUACAUCGCCUACUGCUCCAACGAGGUCUACCAGCAGCGCACCCUGCAGAAGCUGUCGAGCAGCAAUACAGCCUUCCGAGAAGCGCUAAGGGAGAUUGAGAAACGGCCCGCAUGCGGGGGCCUGCCCAUGAUCUCCUUCCUGAUUCUCCCCAUGCAGAGGGUGACCCGGCUGCCGCUCCUGACAGAUACACUCUGCCUGAAGACACAGAGCCACCCUGAGAGGUACAAAGCCGCUAGCCGUGCCCUGAAGGCCAUCAGCAAGCUGGUGAAGCAGUGCAAUGAGGGGGCCCACAAAAUGGAGCGCACGGAGCAGAUGUACACACUGCACACACAGCUGGAUUUUGGUAAGGUCAAGUCUCUGCCACUCAUCUCUGCCUCUCGCUGGCUGCUCAAGCGUGGAGAACUCUUCCUCUUGGAGGAAUCCAGUAUCUUUCGGAAAAUCGCCAGCCGGCCCACGUGCUACUUGUUCCUGUUCAACGACGUCCUGGUUGUCACCAAGAAGAAAAGUGAGGAGAGCUACCUGGUCCAAGACUAUGCACAGCUCGAGCAUGUGCAGGUCAGGAAGCUGGAGGCAUCGGAGCCCUCACUGCCAGCAGGCAGCAGCCGCAGUUCCUCCGUGCCCCACCCCUUCCAGGUGAACCUGCUACGUAACAGCGAGGGCCGCCAGGAGCAGAUUCUGCUGUCCUCUGACUCCGCGAAUGACCGGGCCCGGUGGAUCACAGCCCUCACCUCCAAGGAGAGGCAGUGGCAGGGCAUCACCAACAAAGGAGAGCUGCCCCAGGUGGAGAUCACCAAGGCAUACUUUGCCAAGCAGGCUGAUGAGAUCACGCUGCAGCAGGCCGACGUUGUCCUGGUCCUGCAGGAAGAGGACGGCUGGCUACACGGCGAGAGGCUUCGGGACGGAGAAACGGGCUGGUUUCCCGAGAGCUUCUCUCGCUGCAUCACCAGCCGUGUGGCGGUGGAAGGCAAUGUGCGCAGGAUGGAGCGGCUACGGGUGGAGACAGACGUGUAACUGCAGAGCUCAAAGCCAGCCACGGCGGACACGGCUUCAGUCCUUCAACCAGCAAGGGUCUCCGCCCUCCAGGACAUGGGAGAGGUUUGUUCCUUGGGCCUUCCCACAGCCUCACGGUUACGAGCAGAACACAGGACAUCUAUCCAUACCUGACACUUGAUCUCUCGGAAGGCUUUGAGGCAAGCUCCAGGGCCCACAUUCUGGUAGAAGCCCAGCCUGGCCUCUUGCUGGCCAUCCCUUUCCUAGUUUUUGGCCACCUGAGCUGCACCCAGGCUAAGAGUGGCACAGGACUGUGGUCUUCAUUGAGGACAACACAGGGCCACCUCCCAGAUACACCCCCCCCCCCAAGUGAAACAGGAAGGGCCCCUGUUCUGAGAGGACCAGCAGGGAUGUUAUAUAUUGUGAUAGAGGUUUUAAACAGCAUUAAAGUAUUUCUUUAAAACUUGGGUUUACACCUGAGCCUAGGUCACAGCCACUUAUUGCACUGAAAUCCCAAGGUCUAAUAGGUGUGUGGAGACUGGCCUCGGGUCUCUCCUUCACUCUGACCCAUCUGUCUACCAGAGUGUCACAAGUCUUUGGCUCCUGCUUGUGCGUUCAUGGAUGGUAAUAGCUGAACCUUGCAGGGCUUACCUUGGCCACAGGGUUCUGAGAGCUCAGACACAGUAGGGACACUCUGGUAUGGUGAUCCCAGUCCCUGCAGAGGCCUCCCUCUCAGGGACCUACAGGCCCAAAAGGCAGCCUCCGUGCUGACUAGGGCCGGGCUAGUUCUCUCCAACAGCCCCCUCAGCCUGGUCCUGAAGCCCCAUGGUUUUCUCUGCUUGGCUGGUGCUAGAUUGGGGGCGGAACACCCAGCACGCAGUGUAGCAAUGUGCCCCGUUCCGAGGUGCUAGCCUUGCUACAGAAGUGACCGAUACAGGUGACUCUCCACUAGGUUCAAAAGCACAAAUAGCAAUGCCCUCCCAUCCUAGGCCUUUCUAGACAGGCUAGGGCCAGCUACAGUCCUCACCAGGGUGAACACUCACCCAUGUUUGGCUGCUUUGGACGGAGGGCCAGGUCAGAGUUCAGGGAAUAGGCAUGGCCUGGGUGAGUAGGCAUGGACUGUCUGAGGUAGGGCCUAGUACCUCCUUCUGCCUGAAAGAGAUAAACAUCUCCAUCUUCCUCACCCUAACGCUCUGCUUUCUCGGAGCUGCCGGGGUGUCUUCACACCCCGGCAGCAAUCUGGGGGCCAUGGAGUGGUGUACACGUGCAGUUGCUGUGUGUGCACUGAUGUGUGCCUGUGGCAGAAGUGCCUUGAUGUAAACCCACUGCCCCAUGGGCUCGGGUUUAUUCCCACUUCUGAUCCUCUGAGGAGUGUGACAAGGAGAAGCGGACCAGUUUACCUCCAAGCACGCUUGGUUGCUAGAAUGAGGUGGAACCAGAAGGCUGUGAAGCUCUGACUCAGGACACCUGGGACAGGUGACCCCACAGUCCUGACUCAUCUGCAAGUGAAGAAAGCCAAGGAACAAGGAUACUGCAGUGCCCGGGGGACGAUGGACAUCACGCACCGACAGAGGUCAUUUGAUACAGGGCCAGGUCAGGAAACCUCCCCCACUGACAGAAGCGUAAGGUUCUCAGUGAGGGUUGAGGGUUCCAAGCCAGCCCCACUCCCCAGCCGCAGAAGGCCCAUCCUUUGUUGGCACAUUUCUGUGCCCCCCUCCAAUAACAGGGAUCAUGCGGGGUACCCUGCCCACCCACUCAGCUGAGGAGACUCAGUCCGCCCCUCCUGCCCACCUGGACUACAGAGAGAGACCUUCCUGUCACAGAUGAAGGGCCCUCUGCCCACUGUUGGGAUCAUGGGCUUGCCGGAGGACAUCAAGGCUUCUAAUACCCUACCCACUUCCAGGGAGGUCUGUGGUCUGGUUGGGGCUAAGUGGGACCAGAGCCUCAGGUGCCUGGUGCCCUGACCCACCUGCAGCGGCGUUGCCAGUCAUGGUUCAGCGGCUGUUGAUCUGUGGGGCGUUGGGAGCCCUGGUCCUUCUUCUCAGCCAACCUCUGUGCCUUCCUCCAUAUGAGCAGAGUAGACCAGGCUAGGCCUGGUGGGCGUGCACAUCUUAGCUUGAGUCAGAGCUAUCUGAGGCAUAGGGAUGGUUCGAGUGCCGUGGACCAGUUCCAGAGACAAUCCAGGCCUCUGGCCUCUGGCCUCUCCUCCAGGGAGCGUGAGAAAAAUGAGUCCAGCUUCAAUACCAUGUGCACUCAACUGCACCUUCACCCGGCCUUGGGAUUGCUAUUUCCCUCUGCUCACCAAGCUCAUUUCCAGUCCUUCCAGAACAUCCCUGACUCUGCCAGGCUGCCUCGCUCCCACCGCCAUGAGCCACCAGAUGGCGGUGGUUUUUCCUCUCAGGCCCCCUGGUGGCCAUAAGAAGCACUAACAUGGGGACUGCACUUGGGAGGGACCCAAGCUCUCCAGCUUCUCCUAAGACUCUAGCUUUGCCCCCAAGAAAGCAAAGCCACAGUUAGGAUUGCCAUUCUGGUGAGAAUGGUCCUCCCAUGUCCUUAGCCAGUCAUUGUGUUUGGACAAUCAAUUCCUUGUCCUCAUCCCUGCUUGCUGGAUGACACCAGACGUCACCCGUCCCUGAACCUCUGACUGAAGAGGCUAAGGCAAAUCUGAUUCUGUUCAGAGAUUGUCCCUUUCAUCACAUCACAACAAACCCACUGUCUCCUAUUUCCCUUUUUCUGAAGUCUACUUAUUAAGUAAGUAUUUUUAUUUGAUGUGAA